AGGGUAGAGAGAAGGCAGGCAGUACACAACACCUCCACCGUGUGGAGUCAGGAGUCCGUUCCUUCAACUCUGCUCUCCCCCUUCCUUCCCCUCCCCCCGUCCCCUGUCCGUCUCCGCCCAGAUCCAGAUCCAGGCAACGCAGGCAGGGAGAUUGAUGUGGAUGAAAUCAAUCAUCCAUAUGCAUCUUGACACCUAAAGACACUGUUGGUUGGUUUGCUCAUUCAUGUUUCAGGGUUCAAUCACCACACCAGGAUAAGCAACCGAGACAAUGGCGGCAGACUCUAGCGCUCGUAGGCAGCCAACCUUCACCAAGGUUGACCAGCUGCGCCCGGGGACCCAUGGCCACAACCUCAUUGUCAAGGUCGUUGACUCCAAGAUGGUCGUCCAGAGGGGCCGCGAUGGAGGGCCGCAGGGCAGGCAGAUGCGGAUUGCUGAGUGCUUGGUCGGCGAUGAAACCGGCAUCAUCGUCUUCACUGCAAGAAACGACCAAGUGGAUGUAAUGAAGCCUGGAACAACUGUUGAACUGAGGAAUGCAAAGAUUGACAUGUUCAAGGGUUCGAUGCGGCUCGCCGUUGACAAGUGGGGAAUUGUGAAAGCUGCAGAAAGCCCAGCUGAGUUUGCAGUCAAGGAGGACAACAACCUGUCCUUGAUUGAGUUUGAGCUGGUGACCGUGGUGGAGUGAAAACCACCUUUUGUAGGAGGAUGUUGCGUUAUGUUAUGUUGUUGAACCUAUUGGGCACCACCAAAAAAUAAACAAGACAUGGUUGAUGUUCUCGUAUACAUUGGAGGUUGGUUAUGGUUAGUGAUGUUUAGUUAUCAAAAUCAGCGAGAGUCGUCCAUGGCAUCUCCCACAUACUAGAUUGUAGUGUGGUGUAGCCCAUCCUCGUUGGACCUGUCAUAAUGCGUUGUGAGCUGCC